AUGUAUUCAGAUAACUCAAAACGUGGACCUUUCCUCUUAAACCACAUAAUAGACGCAUACAUAAAUUCUGGACGAGCUCCAUUCGACGGUCUGAAAAGAAAUGACCCCAGCUUUAGAGAUAAAGUCCACGUGGUAGUAGGAGACGUCGGUUUGCCGGGUUUAGGAUUGAGCAAAUCCGACAGAGAAAAGUUGACUCAAGAAGUUGAUUCUAUAAUACAUUUUGCUGCCACAGUAAGGUUUAAUGAAACGCUGAGACUUGCUGCUUAUAUCAACGUUAGGGGAGUUAGAGAUCUUAUAAAACUUGCGAAAGAUAUGAAGAAACUACGGGUAUUUCUUCAUGAAUCAACAGCCUUUUCAAAUGCUUUGGUUUCAAGGCAAACUAUAGAUGAAGUAUUUUACGAUCCUCCUAUGACCGCUGACAAAUUAUUGGGUUUGGUAGAAUGUUUAGAUGAUGAUCAGUUGAAACAAAUAACAGACACGAUUAUCGAUGAAUUUCCAAAUACAUACGCUUUCACAAAAUGUAUCGCAGAAGAUGUUUUGAGGAAAGAAGGCAAGAAUAUGCCAAUUGUUAUCCACCGGCCCUCUGUUGUAAUUUCGACUGUAAGUGAACCACUAUCAGGUUGGAUAGAUAAUUUUUACGGUCCAACUGGAGCCUUCUUAGGUGUAGCAGUCGGAAUUAUACGGACAUUACGUGGCAAAGGGGAGAAUAUAGCCGAAAUGGUUCCUGCUGAUUAUGUAAUAAAUAGUUGUUUGGCUACCAUGUGGAAUGUAGCAACAAUAAGGCAAAUAGUUGAAAAUUAUAUAUAUGUACUUCAGAGACCAACAUGGUUUUCCCCAUUCCUGAUUUCAGAGAUUGAACUGUAUUGUACCGAUUACUUUAUUAAAACUUACCCAAGCAGAACAUCUUUAGAUGAAAACGAGGAAAUUCAAAUUAAAGCAAGCCUAAAAUUUGAACAAGAUAUUCCGAUAUAUAAUUAUGUAAGUUCUGUGCAGAAUCCAGUGACCUGGGAUGAGUUUAAAAAUUUGGCUACGAAACACGGUACUAAGUUUCCACCCCAGAGGGUCUUAUGGUAUCGCAUCUGCAGAUUUAGACCAAACUACUAUGAAAACAUGUUGGCAGUACUUUUCUUGCAUACUAUUCCUGCCUAUCUUGUCGAUUUUGUAUUGAUAUGUUUAGGAAAAAAGCCAUUGCUUGUGAAAGGAUAUCAGAAAAUAAAAAAAUUUGCUCAGGUUAUAGAAUAUUUUGGAAUGAACGAUUGGAAAUUUAAAAAUAAUAACACGCAAAUGUUGUGGAAUAAAAUGAAAACAGCCGAUCGGAAAUUUUUCAAAUUUGAUAUCGAGAAAUUGGACUGGGAUUUGUAUAUGUACACUUAUUGCAGAGGCUGUAGGGUGUAUCUGUUGCAAGAUCCCAUGGACACCCUGCCGCAAGCAAAAAAGAAAUAUCGUAUUCUAUUUGUACUCCAUUAUUUCGUACUUGGUGUAUUCUCGCUGUUGGUAUUGAGAUUUGUCCUAGCUCUGUUCGUGGUUUUAGGAUCUUUAUUAGUCUAA